AUGGGGAAGGGUGGAGGCACAUUUGAGAGGCUUCUCGAUAAAGCCACCAGUCAGCUGCUGCUGGAGACUGACUGGGAAUCGAUUCUGCAGAUCUGUGAUCUAAUUCGACAAGGAGACACACAAGCUAAAUAUGCUAUUGGAGCUAUUAAGAAGAAGCUGAAUGACAAAAAUCCACACGUGGCCCUGUAUGCACUGGAGGUCCUUGAGUCAGUAGUGAAGAACUGUGGCCAGACAGUCCAUGAUGAGGUGGCGAGUAAACAGACCAUGGAGGAACUGAAGGACCUACUCAAGAAACAGACAGAACCAAAUGUCAGAAACAAGAUUCUGUACCUGAUCCAGGCCUGGGCUCACGCCUUCCGCAACGAACCCAAAUACAAGGUGGUUCAAGACACAUAUCAGAUUAUGAAAGUGGAAGGUCAUGUGUUCCCCGAAUUCAAGGAGAGUGAUGCGAUGUUUGCAGCAGAGAGAGCCCCUGACUGGGUUGAUGCUGAGGAGUGCCACCGGUGCAGAGUUCAGUUUGGAGUUAUGACAAGAAAGCACCACUGUCGAGCCUGUGGCCAGAUUUUCUGUGGCAAGUGUUCGUCUAAGUACUCCACCAUUCCAAAGUUUGGGAUCGAGAAGGAAGUGCGUGUCUGUGAGCCCUGCUUUGAGCUGCUUAACAACCACCCCUCCCUCUCUCCUCCACUUAGGAAAGCUGAAGGGAAAGCACCACCCACAGGCUCUGCUGAACUGCCUCCCGAAUACCUGACCAGCCCGCUGUCCCAACAGUCACAGAUGCCACCCAAGAGAGAUGAGGCAGCACUGCAGGAGGAGGAGGAGCUGCAGCUGGCCAUUGCCCUUUCCCAAAGUGAGGCUGAGGAGAAGGAGCGCAUGAGGCAAAAGAACUCAUACACAAUGUAUCCCAAAGCUGAUCCCACCCCGGUGACUUCCUCAGCACCACCAGUCAACCCCCUCUACACUUCCCCUGUGAACUCUUCUGCUCCAUCAGCUGAAGAUGUAGACCCUGAGCUGGCCCGUUACCUGAACAGAACAUACUGGGAGAAGAAACAGGAAGAGGCUCGCAAAAGUCCCACCCCCUCAGCCCCUGCCCCUGUGCCAUUGGCUGAGCCACUUCCUGCAAUCAGUCAGCCUGUAGAAAGCCACGUCCCUGUCCAGCCAGUCAGCAUAGUGGAGCAGCAGUACCAGAACGGCGAGUCAGAGGAGAACCAUGAGCAGUUUCUGAAGGCUCUGCAGAACGCCGUCACCACCUUCCUUAACCGCAUGAAGAGCAACCACAUGCGUGGGCGCAGCAUCACCAAUGACAGUGCUGUGCUCUCCCUCUUCCAAUCCAUCAACAACAUGCAUCCACAGCUGCUCGACAUCCUCAACCAGCUAGAUGAGAAACGAUUGUACUACGAGGGGCUGCAGGACAAGUUGGCCCAGGUGCGUGAUGCUCGGGCAGCUCUCAAUGCCCUUCGUGACGAACACAGAGAGAAGCUGCGCCGUGCCGCAGAGGAAGCAGAGAGGCAGAGGCAGAUCCAGCUGGCACAAAAACUGGAGAUCAUGAGGCAGAAAAAACAGGAGUACCUGGAGAUGCAAAGACAACUGGCCAUUCAGCGCCUCCAGGAGCAGGAGAAGGAGAGGCAGAUGCGCCUGGAGCAGCAGAAGCACACAAUCCAGAUGAGAGCCCAGAUGCCUGCUUUCUCUCUGCCCUACGCCCAGAUGCAGUCUUUGCCCCCCAACGUGGCAGGAGGGGUGGUGUACCAGCCUGGUGCUCCACCCAGCUACCCGGGCACCUUCAGCCCUGCUGGUUCUGUGGAGGGUUCACCUAUGCAUAACAUCUAUAUGAACCAGCCUGGGCAGACUGCACCAGCACAGUACCAGGCCAUGCCCGGCGCUGCCACAGAUCCCAAUAUGGUUAAUGCGUACAUGUACCAAGCUGCAGGCACCAAUGGGCAGCCUGCUCCUCCUCCCAGUCAGGCUCCACCCACUACUAGUCCACCCUACUCCAACUAUCAGCCUACACCUACACAGGGCUACCAGAAUGUGGCCUCUCAGGCCCAGAGUAUGCCUCCCAUGUCCCAGGCUGCCCCCACUAAUGGUAUGGGUUACAUGGGCUACCAGCCAUACACCAUGCAGAACAUGAUUUCAGCCUUGCCGGGACAAGACCCCAAUAUGCCACCCCAGCAGCCGUACAUGCCAGGCCAGCAGCCCAUGUACCAGCAGGUGGCUCCCCCUGGUGGCCCACAGCAGCAGCAGCAGGCACAGCAGCAGAACCCUCAGGCUUUGCCGGGCAGUGCAGAGGCGCAGCUCAUCUCCUUUGACUAAAAGCCCAUACGCUGCAAGGUCUCACACACUACACCCUCUCUCCUCCUUUGGUCUCUCCCCUCCCUCUGGACUCUGAGGAUGCCCUCUGGAAACACACACACACACACAC